GCGAGGAUAGCGGGAUAGCGCAUGGGCCGCAGUACCAUCCUGUUUAUAUAGAUGGUCAUGCACAUCCCACUGGGGUUUUGAACAUCAGUCUGCGGAGACAUCUCUCUCUUCACUCAUUCCCUUCGAGCUCCAUCUGGUGCCGUACACCAGCGUCUGGUCCAGGGUCAGUUUGAGGUUUAGCAGUCGCCCAUCGACAAGAUCUUUAUAGCCAGCCGAUACGGUAGAACAUCGCCAACUAUCCGCCGUCAUGUCGUCUCCAUCCGCCGGUGCGAAGUUCAUUCGCAUGAUUGUCAAGAACGACUCCAUCAAGACUGAUCCUCAUGAGAUUUACGGAUGGCGCGCCUUCGCCAUGGCUGGUUCAGCCUGCUUUGGUGGCAUGUUGUUCGGAUUCGAUAUCGGAACCAUUGGUGGUGUACUUGAGCUGAAGGAGUUCCAAGACAAAUACGACAUUACCAACCUCGACAAGGUCGGCAAGGCCAACUUGAACGCCAACAUCGCCUCAACUCUCCAAGCUGGCUGUUUCGCCGGUUGCUUCGUCGCCUCGUGGUUCGCCGAUCGCUGGGGUCGUAAGAUGGCACUCCAGGUCGCUGGUCUCGUGACCAUUGUCGGUUGCGUUAUUCAAGCCGUUGCCAUGGGUUCACUCGAGGCCAUGUACGUCGGUCGCUUCGUCGCUGGUCUCGGUGUCGGAGGCGCCUCCAUGGUUGUCCCUCUUUACAUCUCAGAAAACGCUCCUCGUGGUAUCCGUGGCGGUCUCACCGGUCUUUACCAAUUGUUCAUUGCUACAGGAACCUGUCUCGCGUUCUGGGUGAACUACGGAUCGCUCAUGCACCUCUCCGGCGGUGCGCAAGUCUACAUUGUUCCUCUCGCUCUUCAAGCUCUUCCCGCUGUUCUCCUUGUCGGCUGCAUGGCCCUGAACAAAGAGUCGCCCCGUUUCCUCGCCAAGCAAGACAAGUGGGAAGAGGCCACUACCGUCCUUGCCCGCAUGCGAAACCUGCCAUCGUCUCAUGCCUACGUCCAGGAUGAGAUCAAGGACAUCGCCGAUCAGCUCGAGCACGAGCGUAUGCUUGUUGCCGGUGCUAGUGUCAAGGAUCUUCUCAAGGAGAUGUUCACCAUCCCUGGUAACCGCAAGCGCGCCCUCAUCUCCAUCGGACUCAUGAUCUGCCAACAGAUGACUGGAACGAACGCCAUCAACUACUACGCACCUCAAAUCUUCGCCGCCCUCGGACUCAAGGGUAACUCGGUCAAGCUUUUCGCUACCGGUAUUUAUGGUAUUGUUAAGAUGGUCGGAUGUUUCGCCUUCUUGAUCUUUGCCGCCGAUUCUCUUGGUCGUCGUCGUUCGCUCCUCUGGACCUCGAUCGCACAGGGACUGGCCAUGUUCUACAUUGGUAUCUACAUGCGUGUUGACCCGCCCAUCGCGGGAGAGCCCGUACCAGGUGCCGGAUACUUUGCCCUUGUCUGCGUGUUCCUCUUCGCCCUCUUCUUCCAGUUUGGUUGGGGACCAGUUUGCUGGAUCUACGUGUCUGAGAUUCCCGCCGCACGUCUCCGUUCCCUCAAUGUUGCCAUCGCUGCUGCUACUCAGUGGCUCUUCAACUUCGUCGUCGCUCGCGCUACUCCCAACAUGAUGGCUACCAUGGGUCAGGGUGGUUACGGAACUUUCUUCACCUACGGUUCAUUCUGCUUCACCAUGUUCAUCUUUGUCUGGUUCCUCAUUCCCGAGACCAAGGGUCUGUCGCUCGAGAAGAUGGACGACCUCUUUGGUAUCACUGAGCUUGUCAAGAACAUGGAGGCUGAUCGCGAGAACCACGCCCAUGGCACUGAGCUCGACAUGGACGGCAAGAACUCGACUGUUGUCCGUGAGGAGAAGGUCGGUCACUAGACGACUGUAUGCGAGAUUUGUUGCUGCCAGUUUGUUUCUGGUCGAGGCUAGGCUGUCGUUACUUAGCACUAGCAUGAUGAUUUAAUGAAGUCACGAGCUUCGUGCCACUCUUUGCACAAACACUUGUUCAAGACCGCAUAUGGUUAUGUGGAGAAUGUGACAUGAGAGAGAGAGAGAGAGAGAGAGAGAGAGAGAGAG